GGUGACACCGUCUUGCUUCCAAUCCUUUCACUAAUUGAUUGGAAAUGCCCUUUUCGAGGGUUGUGAACAGCUCGGAUUCCGAUCGUUUAUCAUAGUAAAUCUCGGUUGCUCAUCGGGACAUAAUACAUUAACGGUGAUCGGAGAAAUCAUCGAUGCCAUCGACAGAGCAACCGUUGUAAGUUCAUGGUAACCAACUGGAAUACAGAAAUCCAAGUAUUCCUGAACGAUCUUCCGUCCGACGAUUUCAACUCCAUCUGCUCGGCAUGGCCAGAUUUCUGCAAGGAGAAGCUUAGUAGUAAAUGUAACGGACGAAACGAUAGGUCGUAGCAGCCGCCAUUUGUUUGCAUUGCUGGAGUUCUCUUGUUCAUUGGUAGGUUGAAGAAACUGGGAAGAUCAUGGUGAUUAAAUAGAACAUGGUUCAAGUUAACAGAUCAGACCUCAAAUCUGUCUCAUGUUAAAUUUUUGGGUUUAAAUGCAAUAAAUGAAAUUUGAGGGAGAGCGUAACAUGGACAAACGCGAGGGGAGGGAAGGUUGUAGUAAAUCGAACAAACGUUUUUUUUAAACAGGGGUAGAUUUGUCAAUCCAGUGACCGUUGUGUUUUGUGUAAGAGGCAGUUUUAGGCACGGUCUCUUGCCAACUGCGCUAGGGGUUUGAAACAGUAAUUUCAGGUUUCUAAUAUGACCAUGACCAAGCACCGCCGAAGCGUUUCAUAUGUUACAAGAUCCAGCAACACUCACGUACAGAGCAUCAAAGGAGCGAGCAAACGAAAGAAGUUAGAGAGAGAAGAAUCGAAGCGAGAAAAUGGCGGCCGCUGUAUCAUCUGUUUGGUCGAAACCAGGCAAGUGGGCACUUGAUUCAGAAGAACACGAAGACAUUCUCCAACAACAAUCGCAACAGCAGAAAGAUGAAAUCGAAAGGGAGAACGCCCAUUUCGAUUUCCCAUCUCUUGCAGCGGCUGCCGCCCCCAAGUCCAAGAAGAAGAAAGCUCAGACUUUCUCACUUGCCGAAUUCAAUGUAGGGAAGCCGGUCGGGCACGGAACCGGCAAAGCUGUGCAAACCCCCCGCCUCACCACCGACGAGCUUCUAGUUCUACCCACUGGACCCCGCGAGCGCACCGCAGAGGAGCUCGAACGUUCUCGCAAUGGCUUCCGUUCGUAUGGCCUUAACGAUAACGCAGGCCGAAACAGGUAUUCAAAUGGGGAUGAUUCUUCCAACUCGCGGUGGGGCUCUUCUAGGGUUUCUGAUGAGCCUCGUAGGAAUGGCGGAUUUAACAAGGAUUCUGCUCCUUCCCGUGCUGAUGAGAUCGAUGACUGGGGCGCCGGUAAGAAAUCUAUGGCUGCUCCUGCUUUUGAGAGGAGGGAGAAAGGUGGGUUUUUCGAUUCGCAGUCCAGGGCUGAUGAAUCCGACAGUUGGUUGGGAAACAAGACCUUCACAUCUUCGGAAGGUCGCAGAUUUGGUGGUGGAUUUGAGAACCAAAGGGAGCGGCGAGGAGGUUUUGAUAUGUUUCAGAAGGAGACAUCUAAUGGAGGAGCUGCGGAUUCAGAUACUUGGGGGAAGAAGAGGGAAGAGGGCAGUGCAAGUGGAAGGCCGAAACUGGUUUUGCAGCCUCGUACGUUGCCAGUGAAUAAUGUAGAUCAGCAGCUACAGCAAGGGUCAGGGUCGACGGUGAGAGGUAAAGGAUCCAACCCAUUUGGAGAAGCUCGGCCACGAGAGGAGGUUUUGGCAGAAAAAGGGGAAGAUUGGAAGAAGAUUGACGAACAGCUUGAAUCAGUUAAACUUAAGGAGAUGGAUUCUGAGGGUUCCGAUGGGCUAUUGCUGGGAAAAAAGGCAUUGGGAAGUGGGAAUUGGAGGGCAAGUCCACCUGAGGAUUGCACUGAGAGAAAUUGGAGGAAGACCGAUACAGUUGAUGCUCCUACCCCUAGGGAAACUGAGGGUGGAGUGGCACACUACUGAGAAUGAGAGAUGCGUAACCAGUAGGACGGCGAAUACAGGGUGUUACCAAUCCAUGCGUGUUUCUUGCUUCAUCCUUCGAUUUUGCUUCUCAUGGUUUUACUGUGAAUUGCAGUACGGAGACAAUUUUGGUAGUUUUCCCCUUUCCCUCUAGUUAAUUAGCUUCCCCCACUAUCUAGAGAUGUCACCACACAGGAUUUUUUUGUGCUUCUUAUUAUUAUUUAAAUUUUCGUUUUUGUUUUCAUGUGUUAAGCACUUAAGAGUGAGGCGUAGCGAUAUUUUUGGUCUAACCUUUUAUUUUUGGAGAAUCAAUUUGAUGUAUUAUUUGUUCA